CAAGCCCUUGUUGACAAGGCAGGAGUACUGAGGUACAAGUAUAAACCUAUUGAGUACCUGGUAGAUAAAGACCUCGACUUCGUCGACUACUCCAAGCUAAAGGAUUAUCAGGAAUUGACCCUGACAGAUGACACUGUAUUAGAGGAGCACAGUGAAGACCCUUGUCUAGUGCAAAUCAAACUGAUUGGUGAAGGAAUCGUGGAAUCGAUUUUGAAAGGUGAAAACAUUGGCAUUACCCCCAGAAGACGAGCUUGUACUCAAAAUAACCAGCAUAAUACGGGCCAUUACACCAGGACCCGCAGUCAGGUUGGCUGUAGUUUUAGCAACAGUCGUUUCACAACUGCCGCCAUCUCUAAGAAGCUCCGUCCGCUUGCUAGCGGCGAAAAAGUUUCCAGUGGAAAGCAAGAAGAAUCAGUUGUUACUUCAGUGGAACAGAGCCAAAAAUCAAUUUGUAUUGCUGUAACAGAAGAACAGAGACGAAAACCAAGGUUUUUUGGAACAGCAGCAGAAACAAAGCAAAAAUCAAGCUUUAUUGUUAGAGCACAAGAUCAUAGGCAGAAACAAGGGCCCAUUUUUGAAGCAGCAGAACAUAAACAGGUUGCUAAUUCUUUUGUAGCAGUAGAAGAACAGAAACCAAAGUUCAUUGUUGCAAAAGAAGAACCAAGACAGAAAGAAAGGUUUUCUGUUGCGCCAGAGGAACCGAAAAGAAAAAAAACUGGUACAAAGACUUGCCAAUCAGUAGUUAAUCAGACUGUGAAGAAGUCAUUUAGAAAUCAUGUAGUGAGAAGAAAAGAAAAGAAAGCUGAAAAUAAAAGUGAGCUGAAUUCAUUGAUAAAACCUUCCAGUAAUAAAGGUACAUUAAUAAAAAAAGAAAAGACCCAACAACAAGCUAGAAUAUGUGAACUUUCUAAAAGAAAAAGAAAACUUGUUGAAUUUAAAGAGCCUGUGAUUAGAAUUGAGAGAAACUCUUUUGUUGUCCAAGACAGCAGAACACACAGCCAGGGAUCAGCUUCUGAACAUAAAAUAUCAGAAAGUACUUGCUUAUUCAGCAAGGUCAAUACAGAAAAGGAGAAAGAAGUAAAAGUUGAAAGAGAUAAAGAUAUUAACACAAAGACUAAAUUUGAAAUAGUUGCUGCUAGACAAAAUGACUCCAGUAUUUCCACUGUAGUGGAUGUUGCUAACAGUUUGCCCAUUGUCUCAUCACUUUCAUGUAAAUCAUAUCUGGCUGUGAAACCAAGCAGUGUUGCUGUAACUUGUUCAAAGGCUCAAACAUUAGACAGUCUGGUCCAAGCAACAACUUUGGGGGUUAGUACUUCUUCUGUUGCAAAUGUUAUAGUGUCCAGUAACCAUGGUAACUCAAAUCAAGUACAGGUUGUUGCUACUCAUUUCCAUACCCCUGAGAUGUCCAAUUUAGAAGUGCAAAAAGUUUCUGAUGAGGCUUGCACAGCUAACAGUUUCCCCAAACAUGACACCAGCAUUCCUAUGAUAAACAACAAAACUGAAUCAGUGAAUAGAGACUCUAACCAAGUAAAGGACACCAUCAGUAACAUACCUCACAUUGACUACAACUACGUUCAACGUGUCAUGCAUCCAACUGGACUAGUUCACACAGCAAUCUCUGCUACAGGAGCUUAUACUCAACUUUCUAAUGCCACUGAAUCCAUCCGAAUGUCAGGUGCACGUUUACCACCUACUCAGCUUGGAACUUAUGGUAUGACUUCUCCACGUGUGUUUCCUACACAUCCAGUAUCUGGUUUAGCCAGCUCUGGCCAUAUGGACCAGCACACACUUCACUCUCAAGUGUACCGUCAGAUGUUGCCACAACACACAAUGCUUCCUCCACAGUAUCGAUCACCUGUGGGAGUGGACAUGUUAUGGACUCAGAAAUAUCCCCAUUUGUCCUCAUUGCCCAAUUCCUGGGCCCUGGCACAGGCCCACUAUCAAGAGGAACUACGUGUAAUGGCCCAUGAACGGGAUAGGCAAACCAGGGUAGAGAGUGAACAACGAGAAGAGCAGUACAGGUUAGAACGAAUGAAGAUAGAGAGAGAAAAAUCAGAAAAAGGAAGACGAGAACACCAAGAAAAAAGACAGCAAGAAAAAGAGAGACGUGUUCAAGAGAAACAGGAAAAAGAAUACCAGGAGAGAGAGAGAUUAAAAAGAGUGUAUGUAGAUAGAGAGAGACAAGAAGAAGACCACGAGCGAGAACGAGCAGCAAGAGAAGUACAGCAACAUUUUGAAGAAUCCCUGAGAUUAGCAAAUCAAAAGAAACACACAGGAUGGAGCCCAAUUGUUAACCUUCCACUGACUAAAUCACCAGUUGUAGACAGAGAUAGUCCUGGUAUUGUGAGACCAGAUCAAGGGUUAUUUAAGCUAAAGAGAGAGAAAAUAAAAGAACAGAUGGAUACAGAAGUUAAAGAAAAGCAUGGAACAAUGGGAACACAGAUUCGACAAGAGUCAGAUUGUUGGCUAGUACCCAUGCAACAUCAAAACCAUGCAGUAGAACAACAUAUUCAGUAUAACAAAAAACACUCCUUCAUAUACCCUCAGCAACAAGCAAGCAGUUCCAGGUUGAACCAAGAGUGCUACUCUCCAAAACAGAACAGACCUAGUCCUGGUCCAGCUCAAUCCAAAACAGAACCUAGUUUCAGUCUCUAUGGAUACCAACCUUUUCAGCAUAUGUACAUCACCCCUGCCCAGUUAAAAGCCAGGGAAGAAAGCAAAAACCUAAUUGCUCCCUUACAACCUGUUGGUACAUCAUCUGAAGUUCUAGCGGAAAAAGAUUAUACUGUAGUAGGAGGUCCAAGUCGCACAGGUACACCUAGUAGUAGCCGAAGUAAUUCCUCUGAAAUUCGGCCACUUGCUCUCUCUCCGAAACAGUCAUUAAAGUUAGUACAAGAGUGUUCAAGUUCUCCUCAGAUGCUGGUUGGUGGGGAUGGAGUUUUUAAGCCAUAUGAUUAUUCUGCUUCAAGUCCUGCUCCUGCUCACCAAAAUACCCCUUCCCCUAAAAGGGUGGUAACCUCACAAUACUCCCUUCCCCUUCAAGAUCAACCACAAAAUCUAGUGAAACAAGAAUAUCAAAAACAUCAGCUAAAGCAUGGAGCUCCAACUCCUCAAUCCUCAACCCCACCUGAGACAUUCUCAGGGGGUUAUUCGAUUAGCCAUCUUUCGGCUAAAGGGAAUAUAUCAUUAUCACCUACAACAUUCUCAAACAGCCUAAUUCAGGCAGGUUUGGUGCCAAAUCCAAUCUAUACAUCUACUGUGGGCUCAGUCUCCACCACUACAGCAACUCAGGCAAUUGUUGAUGGGGUCCCAAGUUCGGUUCUAGUCCAUCCUUACAUGCAUCAAACCUCUAGCAUUUCUAAACUUCCUGAUACAUCACUGAGUAAGACCAAUAGUGUGUUAAAUCUGGAAUCACAUUCUCAAGUAUCUUCAUGCUCUAGUGAGACACGACCUGUUGAUCGAACAUCAUCAACAUCGCCUUUAACCAAAAAAUCGUCCAUUCCAAGUGUAAUGGCUAGGCAGUCUCCCUCUCCAAUGCUCUUGUCAAGCACAAAACUACAAACUGUACCUGUAUAUAACCUCCCUGUAACUAGUCCAACUAAUGAGCCAAUCCCACCUGUUUCCAACACAUCUCUUGCUCAAAUACAACCAUUGAACUUACACAGUACUUCUGUACUUGCUUCUACCAAACGCGGGUUAGCAAAAGAAGACAUUUAUUCAAAACGACAAAGAAAAAAGGAAGACUUAGUUUCUCAACCUAAUAUUCAGAAUGUGAUGAUUGAAGAGAUCACUUCAGCCAGCAAGGUGUCAACAGUACCUACAUUUGUUACUUGUACCACAGUUGUGACACAGCAAAGUUCAAGUUUCAUGGAUUCAUUUUGUUCCUUUGUAAGUUCAUCCCAGCUUUCAACCCAGGAUUCUUAUCACCGUUACAGCAAACAUGCUAAAGUCAGGCAUAAGAGCAAAGCUAUAGUGGCUAACUCAAAAGACAUCUCAGAAAUUCCCUCAUCAAUCGGUAGUGCUAGUACAGGACAAGGUCAAACUUUGGAUUCAGACACAGAAAUUAGAAUUACCCCUAGUCCAGCACUGAGCACCUACACUAACUACAGUUCCAGCAGUGGAAGCUCUAAUACAAAUCAUACCAAGUUGAAAAAAGCCUGGUUGCAGAGACACUCUGAAAAUGAAGACAAAACAAAUGUUGAAAAUGCUGAGUCUUUAGUGAAAAACCCUGGGGUUGCUGUUGUGAAAGUAGAAGACAUAGACUUGAAUGCCCCUCUAGUUUCUACUGCUUCCUCAGCCCAUUCUACAGUCAAUUCUAAGUCAUCUGAGAAAAACUCUUCCAACAAAGAGCUUAAGAAUAAAACUAAAAACAACUCUGCAACUCGGGAGGAAGAUUCUACUAGCUCUGCCUCAGAAACUGAAAGAGAAAUUAAAAGGGGCAAAACCUCACGAAAACGAAUCUCCAAAACACAAGAAAAAGGGAGUAGUCAUAAGAAAAUAAAACAGAGAGAAAAUAGCAUUGAGAGAAAUCCUGAAGAUGGUGAUACAAAGAUUCAAAAAGAAGAGUCCAACCAAAUAAUUACUGAAAAUGUGAAAGGGCCAACAAAACAAGGAAGGAGAGGAAGAAGACCUAAAGCAAGAGGAAAUGAUUCUGAUACUCCCCAUAAAAAGAAAGCUCUCAAACCUUUUGAAACACCAUCAAUAGCUCGACUUAAAAGAACAGGAGAGCCAUUUUUACAGAAUGGUCCAUGUUGUGAAGUAGCCCCCAAGUUGUCGAAGUGUAGAGAAUGUCGAAUGACUCCUCACCAAAGAAAUAAGAAAAUGCCAAACAUCUUCUGCAGGUUCUACGCUUUCAGAAAGCUUCGUUAUGGAAAGAAUGGGGCAAUUCUCAGUGCAGGAUUUUCUGAGCCUUCUGAUGCUUCAGAAGAAGAUUGUAGAUUAUGGAUGCCAACUACUGAUUCCCCUCCUGAUGACUUGGAUUUAGAUACAGCCAAGUUCUUGCUGACCCACGUAGGUGACCAGUUCUGUGACUUGGUGAACCAGGAAAGAGAAGCUAAGAGUAUUCAUAUGUCAGAAAACAAGAUAAUAACUUGGAAGCAAGUAGUGCAGGGAGUUCGGGAAAUGUGUGAUGUAUGUGAAACAACCCUCUUCAACAUUCACUGGGUUUGUCACAAGUGUGGCUUUGUUGUUUGCAUAGACUGUUAUAAGGCAAGGAAGUAUGGCACAGUAAAAGAGGAGGACUGCCCACCAAAGGAUAGAGAUGAGUACCAGUGGCUACUUUGUAACAACCGACUACCCCAUGAACAAGACAAGCUGAUGCUAACUCAGAUCAUUGCUGACACAGCUCUUUGGGAUGUAGGGAAGAAAUUGCACGAGUUGCGAGUAAGAUGGAAUAUCACUGCGUAUUGUAAGUGUCACCAAAAUUCCAAGGAAAAAAAUACAGAAGGCAAGAAGUCCACAAAUGGUAUCUGCAAGCAACUCAUGAGUGCUGUGACCAAGUGUUUUACAGAGAGAGAGACUGGUCCUGUGAAUGGUUUGGCAGGACAAACAAGGGCAACUAGGAAGUCCUCUAAAGUCAAUGGCAUUUCCAACCUGAUCAACAAAGAAGAAGCUUUAUGUGGUUAUAGUUCAGAAAGUGGAGGAUCACCUCUUAGCUGGUUAGCUGAUGUUGCCUUAAAUUCUUCUGGAAAAAUGUUGGACAGAGGAAAGAAUGAAAGAUUUAUAAAAGGUAAUGAAAGUUCUUCCGCUUUAGUUGAAAAAAGUUCCGAUGAAAUACCUGGCAGUGACGAUGAAAGGAAUGAUAGUUUUUCUACAUUAAGAGAACUUCUGAUUAGACCAAGUGGGAAAAAUGGUAAUGGUGGUAGCAGCAACAGUAAUGUAAUAAACAACCAGAGAAAGACACUGACCAGCAGCUUGGAAGAGGUAAUCUCAUGUGUCAUUGAACAUGGAGUAGGCAAACUAGACAAGACUGUUAAAGAAGAGAAACAAUUAAAAUACUUUGUACGUCGAUAUCCAAAAGUUGAAAGGGGUAUGGGACUACCACCAAUCAGGGUUUUUACGCUGGCAGAAAGUAUGCUGCUUUAUCCAGAUGUCCCUCAUUCUUGGUUAUGUAAUGGAAAGUUGCUACUUCUGCAUGAUUCUCAACACAAUGAAAAUCUAAGUAUUUUCCAGGAACAGUGGAAACGUGGACAGCCUGUGAUGGUUGAUAAUGUGACUUCCAAGUUAGACAUGAGUUUGUGGCACCCAGAGAGUUUUACUCGAGACUUUGGAGAUGUUAAGAAUGACUUGGUCAAUUGCAGAACUGGUGCAAUAUUACCAAACCUGCCCAUGAGGAAGUUUUGGGAUGGAUUUGAAAGUUUUUCUAAGCGAAUGAAAGAUGAUAAUGGAGACUAUAUGCUGCUGAAAUUGAAGGACUGGCCACCAGGUGAAGAUUUCAGUGAACUACUGCCUUCACGUUUCCAAGAUUUAAUGAAUGUCCUUCCUUUGCCAGAGUACACUCACCGAAACGGACUUCUGAACCUAGCUGGAAGACUUCCAGAAUGCUUUGUACGGCCAGAUUUGGGUCCCAAAAUGUAUAAUGCUUAUGGUUCAGCUGUUUAUUCAAAGAAAGGAACUACAAACCUUCAUCUUGACGUCAGUGAUGCUGUAAAUGUUAUGGUUUAUGUGGGAAUUCCUAAAGAUGGGAAGAAUGAUGACUACAUUGAAGAGGCAUUUAAAGCUAUAGAAGAAGGUGGAUGUGAGGUAUUGACUCAGAAGCGAGUCCGAGAAAAAGGGAUGAAGCCAGGAGCCUUAUGGCACAUCUAUAAUGCUAGAGAUGCUGAUAAGAUUCGAGAUCUUCUUAAUAAAGUGGCCCUUGAGCGUGGAGAAAAGCCUGAAGCACACCAUGAUCCCAUCCACGAUCAGAGCUGGUAUAUCAAUGAAGAGCUUCGAGACAGACUGUACAAAGAGUAUGGUGUAGAGGGUUAUGCAAUUGUCCAGUGUCUUGGAGAUGCUGUUUUUAUUCCUGCAGGAGCUCCACAUCAGGUUCGGAACCUGCAUAGCUGUAUCAAGGUUGCAGAGGACUUUGUCUCUCCAGAAAACAUUGCCCAUUGCUUCACCCUCACACAAGAAUUCAGGGAUUUGACAGAUACCCAUACUAACCAUGAGGAUAAACUUCAGAUAAAAAACAUUAUUUACCACACCGUGAAAGAUGCCCUUUCCUUGUUAGAAGGAAAAGAACCUGACAAAAAGAAGUGAAACCAGUACUUAUUUUUAUCCUGACAAAAAUAGAUUUGAACAGGGUUACAUCAGACCAUCUCCUUGUGCAAGGACCAUUUGAAGAAAGUCGAUGAAAACUAUAACCUUGCCUACACAGUGCAAUGUCAAGAACAUUUUAAAACAAUUAAGCUCAUGCAUUACCAAGCAAAAAGAAAUUUUAAGUGUUUGAAACAAAUUCCUGUUCUGACAGUAUUAUGCCCAAAAUAUUAGAAAAGAUUUAGAAGAAACAACCUGAACCUAUGCUUAUAGUGUCAUGCCAGAAAUACUUGAAAGAUUGAUACAGUAAUAAGGAAUAGACAAUGUGAUGGAGAAAACUGUUUGUCAUUCAAACCACGAAAAAGAUUACCAAGUUCAUGGUGUAAAAUUAGAAAAGAUGUAAUAGUCUUUCUAAAAGUAAUUACACAAUAUUUAUUCCAUGAACUAAAUGACAUGCUAGACAAAAUGUCACAGUGAUUCUGGGUUACAUGGUGCUGAUUCUUGUCUAAACUAAAACUACUAGUUGUCAAGGAACACUGACAACACUGAAGUGCAACGAAGAGAGAUGUUUCAAGUACUUGCCAGCUAUGGAUCUUUUUCUAAUAGUAAGAGCUGUGUCAACCUGAGUACAAAAGACACCAAUCUGCAGUAAAUCUCUGUGACCAUUUACAAUUUUAUCUGUUGUUUAUAUAAAACAGUAUCAGUUUUGUGGGUUAAUUAUGCUCAAAAGAAUGACUGUAUCAUUAAUCAUGAGCACAUCCAGAAUGUUUUCCUAUCUUGUUCCUACCUAAAAGUUUCCAGAACACUGAUUUUAUGAUAAAAUGUUUUUAUGGGCUUCAGAAUUCUGAGUUUAUUGUUUUUGAAAGCAGUUCUGGCUGCAUUUAUCUUACUGUUAGCUAAGGUAAGUAGGGUAACUCUUCAUAAUGGUUGUGUUACAUCCAGUAGUUAUUGGUGUACAGUAAAGUUACUUAACAGCUCAUAUGUGUUAAGAGAGAGAGAUCAAGUUGCUCUUAGUCAGUUGUGGUUCUUUAAACAGUCAAUGUUUCUUGUAAUUUAUUUUCAGUCAGGUUCAGAUGGUUUCCAGGUGAGGCCAUCUGGACAUACUGAAACAUUUCUUACAUUUAUGAAUGUUUUUGUGAGCUGUACAUGUGGUUGUAUUUAUCUCUGUCCAUGGCCACUUUGCACCAUAGAAUUAUGUAAAUAACAUUAUUUAAUACUACAAAAAAUCUUAAUAAAGUUUCUAAACCUCAGCAGAACUUUUCCUAGAAUGACUAAAUGUUAAAGAAUCAUUCUGUCUACCCACCUAAGUUUGGACGUUCAUCACCUCUCAUAGUGUACGUAUCUCAUAGCAAUAUUUUUAUAUUGAAUUAUAUGUAAACUUUUCUGUAAGUAUGAAAAUUGUUUUUAUUUCAAGAUGUAUUUGCCAAUGUUGCUGGUUCAUAUUAAAGUGUUCAGCUUGAGUUUUUGUAAAGGA